AUGCUCGUCGUCCUCACCGGCCCAGCGAGCGCACACCCCUGCUCCCCUGCCACCACGCGCGCCCGCAUGCUCGCCGGCCUGCAGCGCCACCGCUGCCGGCUCGCCCACUCGCCGGUGCCGCAGUCGGCAUUCGGCACGUCCGCAAUCGCCCGACCGCUCCGCUCGCACGCUGCACCCCACUGCUCGCCGCCUGCCUUGCCCGACCCCGCCCCGGCGCUGCCCGACCCCGCUCCGGCGCCGCCCGACGCUCCUCUCGUCCCACCCGCUCCGGCCACUAGCGACCGGCCUCGCCGUGGCUGCGGCCCCCCCUCGCCGGCCGCCGCUCGAGUCCCCCCUGUCCUGCAGCGCCCGAGAAGGCGCCCGUAA